CAAGUUCGGGCUCACGCAGCGUAUACGCAACGAGCAGUGCUCGGCGCUUCCAAGUGUGUUUAGGGGCAGUGCUAUAAAAGUUAGGACUGUGCACUAAAAGCCAACAGAUGGUCGCCGGCUGUUCACCCGCCGAGUUAUCGGGAUCGACAAAUCUCAACUGGAAUGUUUUAAGUAAUUAAAACUGGAAAUCAAAGCAAAACAAUAACAAAAAACAAAAAAAAAAAAAAAAAAAAAAAAAAAAAAAAAAAAAUCACAAAAAUUAUAAAUAAAUAUAUUUUAUAAAUAUUCAGAAUGCUGAAUAUUUAUACGAAUUAUAUUCGCAGUUGGAGAAUGAUUGAGCAAAUAAAGAAAAGCAAUUCCGUUUUCAUGUUGUGCAUCAGCCGAGUCGAGGGAAAGGGAAAUCAAUAUUUCUAUUUCUAGAGAGCAUUAACUCUUUUGGGAUGCCUGUGAGUCCCUCGAGUCGGGCGAGCAGCCAGCCCAUUUGAUUUACAGACAGCCCAUUAAUCGCGUCAACCGAUUGUGCUGCAUACUUUGUGGAAUCUGAAUAAUGUGCUGAUGUUGCCCAGGAGGUCUCCGUCGUCGGUUUAUUGAUGUUGAUAAGUACACGCUCAUCUGGAGCAUAAAAUUACGCAAUUAUCUUAAGCAAUUGUGUUCAUUUAUAACCCAAGUACAAAUCGAAUGGAUUCUAGCUGCCGGCCUGUCUGCUAUAUAAAAGAGAUGCGGCCCCCAUUGCGUAUUCGCGACAGCUCAGAUAAUUGGAGCGCCUCCUGCAUCGCCCAUUUCACAUUGUUUGUGUAUCGAAUAUGCUGAGCAUGGCAACACGUCAAAACGGAACUUUAAUUUGAGACGGAGCUUCACUUCGCCCGUCAAUGAGGGAGCUUCGCAUAAUUGAUGACGCAAGUGGUAUUAUCGUCAUGAACCGCACUGAACUUGGCAGUCAAAUUCUGAGCUCAGCCGAGUUGUAUAAAGCACUUUCGAGCGACGCCACAUUUGAUACGAUUGGGGAGAGUCGACAUUUGGUUAAUUAUCCUGGCCUUGAUGCAGGCGGUGCUUACACUAGGAACCACAACUACGACAAACUCAACAGCAACUACGAAGACAGCAGCAGCAGCAGCAGCAACGACAACGACAGCAUGACUAUGUUGCUGCUGAACAGCACAAGCAACGGGAGCUAUGUGCCCGCAGGUAUGGACCCAGUGCUGAUGGACCAAUAUCUGCACAACCGUUCCAUCGGCAGUCCGUGGUACCACUUGCUAAUCGCCAUAUACGGCGUAUUGAUUGUAUUCGGAGCCAUGGGCAACAUAAUGGUGGUAAUUGCAGUACUGCGUAAACCAAUCAUGCGCACGGCCCGCAACCUCUUCAUACUCAAUCUGGCCAUAUCGGACCUGCUCUUAUGCCUAGUUACCAUGCCGCUGACACUGAUGGAACUCCUUUCGAAGUUCUGGCCAUACGGCUCCUGUGCCACCCUGUGCAAAACGAUUGCCACUCUGCAGGCCCUGAGCAUAUUCGUGUCCACCAUAUCCAUAACAGCGAUUGCCUUCGACAGAUAUCAGGUAAUUGUCUAUCCCACGCGGGACAGUCUGCAGUUCGUCGGAGCUGUGACCAUACUGGCCGGCAUUUGGACACUCGCCCUGAUUCUGGCCUCGCCGCUGUUCAUCUACAAGCAGCUGAUCAACAUGGACAUGCCGCUGAUGCUGCAGAAGUUCGGAGUGCCCCACAGGAUAUCGUACUGCAUCGAGGACUGGCCGAUGAGCGAUGGCCGCUUCUACUACUCGAUCUUUUCGCUGUGCGUGCAGUAUCUGGUGCCCAUAGUGAUAGUGUCGAUCGCCUACUUCGGCAUCUACAACAAGCUGAAGAGCCGCAUCACCGUGGUCGCCGUGCAGUGCUCGUCGCAGCGCAAGACGGAGCGGGGCAGGCGAAUGCAGCGGACGAAUCGACUGCUGAUUAGCAUUGCGAUCAUUUUCGGGGUUUCGUGGCUGCCGCUGAACUUCAUCAAUUUGUACGCGGACAUGCAACGGCCCUCGGCCGUCACGCCGAGAAUGAUUGUGGCGUAUGCCAUAUGCCACAUGAUUGGCAUGAGCUCGGCCUGCUCGAAUCCGCUGCUCUAUGGAUGGCUCAACGAUAACUUCCGUAAAGAAUUUCAAGAACUCUUGUGUCGUUGCACUGAAUCCACUAAUGUUGCUCUCCAUGGUCACACGACAGGCAGCAACGUCCAGGCAGCUGCAACGCGUCGUCGCCGCAAACACGAAGCCGACCUGUCCAAGGGCGAGCUGCAGCUGCUGGGUAAGAGCGCCACGCGCGGCCUGGCGACCUCCGAUGGCGACUGCCUCGGCGGCGUUAGCAUCGCGGCCACCGACUUUAACGCACGAAAUGGAACGCGCAGCGCUGUCACGGAGUCUGUGGCACUCACCGAGAAUCCCAUGCCGUCGGAGCUGAUCAUCCUGGCGCCGCCUUAAACAGACCACAAAUCCGACUAAUACUAACCCAACUAAACUAAGUCCCUGCCUAAGCAGGAGCAAGCCAGUCUCUGUGCUUUGUCGUACGUAUAUGUAUUUGCAUAUGUAUAUGUAUAUGUAAAUAUUUGUAAAUAUAAAUACGAGACACUGACAUUGUGCAGGACGUGCCGGAGCCCCGGAGCUCCCAGAUAAUUGAAUUUGCAUGCAAGACGUUUGUGAAAGGCAAUUGAAAGAGUGCCGCAGGUUGCAUGCAUUUGCAUUUGUAUUAGAGAUUCUGUAGCAUAAUUUUCAUUUAAGUCGCAAGUAAACAAAAGUGCAUCUGAUGUGCUUUUCCUAGAGACCAUUUCAUCAUUUGUGCACACUUACAGCUUGGCAACACUACUAAAAUGCCGAUUUGCAGUGUUGAGCACAAGCUCAAUGCCUAAUGCCAACUGAGUUACCCAGAACUCUGAGCAUCGGAGCGGAGCGAGGAGCAGGAGGAGUGCAGCAGCCAUAAUCCAUUUCGAAAUCCUAAAUUUAAACUUAGUUUUAGAGACUUAGAGACGAAUAUUGUGUGUAGGCGUAAGCAUCUAUGUUGACUGAACGAAAGCAAAGCUGAGCUAAAUAUAAGUCUAGGCGGGAUAACUGUGCUCGCAGCUGUAAAACGUACUUGUAGAUCCUUUAGCUCUUCAUAUAUGUAUAUUAAGCAUCAUUAAUUAUGCAAUAUAAGCACACACACACUACACGCAGUACACUUAGGUUUCAUCAAAUACUGUGAUUUAAUUGAACGAGCCCUUCAAUUAAAUUUCGGGUAAUUGAUAAACGCAAACACAACUCCUCAGAUAUAAGCAGCGAUUACUAUGUAUGAUACACAUAUAUGUGAAUAUAUAUGUUAAAUAUGUAAAGUAUGAUUAAUUAUUCAACUUUGUUCCUAUUUACGCUUUUCACUCUAAGGCUUUGUACGUACUUCGCAAUUGAACGUAUUUCCUUGAGUUAUAAAUUUAUAAUAUAUAUAUAUACAUAUUCAUAGUCAAUAUAACUUAACAUGCAAUGUGUCCAUACUACUAACGACGUGUCUGUUAUAUUUAAUCUCAGCUUAAGCUCAACCAAUAAUGAAUUCCGAGUAUUUGCUGUUUGGCAACGAAUAUUAGAUAAAUAAAUGUUUUAAUUAACA